CAGGUAACGUUUCUGCUCUUCUGCAGUCUCCAUUCCAAUCCCUCCCUGUCUGUCUCAGUCUUCACAUCCCAUACAGGGACUCCAAGGCAGUCCAAGCUCACGUACAUCCUGAAGCAGUCCCUGGGUGGAAACGCCAGGACCACAAUUAUCUGCACAGUUAGCAGAUAGCAGAUAUAAGCGAGACUGAGCUGACCCUCAAAUUCGCUUCAUCAGUAAAGAGAGUUAUAAACAGGCCAGUAAAGUGAACAAACUAAUUGAAAGUGAGGAAACACUGAGAAAAAAGUG